AUGGCUAGUGCUGAACCAAGACCCCGUAUGGGACUCGUCAUCAAUGCUAAACCGGACUACUAUCCGAUUGAGCUAUCUAAUGCAGAAUUACUUUCUCACUUCGAAAUGCUGCAAGAAUACCACCAAGAAAUCUCCACCAAUGUUAUUGCUCAAUCAUGUAAGUUCAAACCUAAUCCAAAACUAAUAGACCAGCAGCCUGAAAUGAACCCCGUGGAAACAAGGUCCAACAUUAUCACUUUUUUGUUCGAGCUGUCUGUGGUCACUCGAGUGACAAAUGGUAUUUUUUUUCAUUCAGUUAGAUUAUAUGACCGCUAUUGUUCCAAGAGAAUCGUGUUACGGGACCAAGCCAAAUUGGUUGUCGCUACUUGUCUCUGGUUGGCUGCUAAAACUUGGGGCGGUUGUAAUCACAUCAUCAAUAAUGUAGUCAUCCCUACUGGCGGAAGAUUUUAUGGUCCCAACCCAAGGGCACGUAUACCUCGACUCUCUGAACUAGUUCAUUACUGUGGUGAUGGUCAGGUCUUUGAUGAAUCAAUGUUUUUACAAAUGGAAAGACAUAUACUAGACACUUUAAAUUGGAACAUUUAUGAACCAAUGAUCAAUGAUUACGUUUUAAAUGUUGAUGAAAAUUGUUUGAUGCAAUACGAACUUUAUGAAAAUCAAGUUACUUAUGACAAACAAUGCUCUGAAAAACGUCAGUCUCAAUUAUCCCAGGAUAGUGAUGCCACUGUAGACGAGAGGCCCUACCAAAACGAAGAAGAAGAAGAAGAAGACUUAAAACUAAAGAUCAAGUUGAUUAAUUUGAAAAAAUUCUUGAUUGAUGUAUCCGCGUGGCAGUACGACUUACUUAGAUAUGAACUUUUCGAAGUAUCGCACGGCAUAUUCUCCAUUAUCAAUCAAUUCACCAAUCAAGACCACGGUCCUUUUUUAAUGACUCCAAUGACAUCAGAAAGCAAAAAUGGUGAAAUUUUGAGUACCUUAAUGAACGGCAUUGUUUCCAUUCCUAACUCCUUGAUGGAAGUGUAUAAAACGGUCAAUGGUGUUCUACCCUUCAUUAAUCAAGUGAAAGAAUAUCACUUGGAUCUACAAAGAAAACUGCAAAUUGCAUCCAACUUGAACAUUUCGAGAAAGCUUACCAUAUCAACCCCAUCAUGCUCUUUCGAAAAUUCAAAUAGCACAUCCAUUCCUUCGCCCGCUUCCUCAUCUCAAAGCCACACUCCAAUGAGAAACAUGAGCUCACUCUCUGAUAACAGCGUUUUCAGCCGGAAUAUGGAACAAUCAUCACCAAUCACUCCAAGUAUGUACCAAUUUGGUCAGCAGCAGUCAAACAGUAUAUGUGGUAGCACCGUUAGUGUGAAUAGUCUGGUGAAUACAAAUAACAAACAAAGGAUCUACGAACAAAUCACGGGUCCUAACAGCAAUAACGCAACCAAUGAUUAUAUUGAUUUGCUAAACCUAAAUGAGUCUAACAAGGAAAACCAAAAUCCCGCAACGGCGCAUUACCUCAAUGGGGGCCCACCCAAGACAAGCUUCAUUAACCAUGGAAUGUUCCCCUCGCCAACUGGGACCAUAAAUAGCGGUAAAUCUAGCAGUGCCUCAUCUUUAAUUUCUUUUGGUAUGGGCAAUACCCAAGUAAUAUAG